AGGCCUGACAUUAUAAAUUCUUAGACCAUUCUGUACUACACGAAUGGUUGUAUUUUACUCGAUAAAGGAUCGAUGGCUAUUAAUUCCGACUCUCCAAGCAGCACCUGAAAGCGGCAUCCUCCUCGUCCCGGGUGAACGGCGUCACAGCCGCGAUGUGUCAUUUCGACGGAUAAAUUACCGACCGUCGAGUCCGUCCCGUCUCCCGUGCUGUUCCCACGCCAGGAUAAUGCCCGAGAGGAACCGUUAGCGGCGACCAUUUCUGCUCGUUUCCGCCGAUGAAAGCACCUGCUCAGUAAAACAGCCUCUCUCGGUUCGUAUUCAGGAUGGGGAUGGUCUCUCCGACGGGCAACAUGUCCCUCAUCUCGUUGACUUUGGCGCUGCUGGUCGUCGUCCUCUGCACUUUCCCGGUCAGCGGGAAUGAGGACUGUCUGUGGUACGUGGAUAAAAAUGGCACCUGGCACAAUGGCUUCGACUGCCCUCUCAUCACGUUCUGCUGUGGGAACUGCCACCGGCGCUACUGCUGCCUGGACGCCUUCAAGAUGAUCACGGAGCGGGAGCAGAAGCGCUGCAUGCUCUUCCAGUUCAGCCCCACCACCUUAGCUGGAAUCGCCUCCUCCAUCCUCCUGUUUGUGGCCAUCAUUGCAACUAUGGUCUGCUGCUUCAUGUGCUCCUGCUGUUACCUCUACCAGAGAAGGCAGCAGAGGGGCAGGACACCUUACGAUGCCCAGCAGAUCCCCAUGGCCAGCUACCCAGUGGAGCCCAUGUAUGAUGCUUACGGAAAACCGCUUGGACCCACCGAGUACCCACAUGCAGGUUAUCCAAUGGCGCCUCAGUAUCCUGGCAUGCCCCCACAGUACCCGAUGAUGCAGCCCGGUCCUUACCCACCACACCCGAUGGAUCCUGUGUACAGCCAGGCCCCACCGCCGUACUCUCCACCUCAGUAUCCCGGUCACUGAUGGGCUCAUCUUCACACACACACACACAGUGGGGAAACAACUGCAACUGAGAGAAAUGACUGUUACAAAAGGAGAAGGCAGCAACACUCUCUCACACACUCUCACACAUACACACACACACACACAUACAGUCAAAUAAACACUCAAAUGCUACAGCUUGACUAGCAGUGGUUUGCCUGUGAAAGAGAACAGGAGGCACUUUAAGUUUUUUUUUCUUUUUUUGUUUUGUCGUCGUUCAUUUACAGCGUCGUCCUACUUUCCCACUGUACUAAUGUAAAUCAGAUUCUGUCCCGCAACCUGACGCCUGACUGCCCUGGGCAGGUUUCACAGCAAGCGGCGCAUGAUCCUUAAAGCGACGAGGUAUCCGUGUCUCGACGCUGCGCUGCCACUUCUGCUCUGACACACUCACCUCGAUGACUAAAGAGAGGCCUCAUUACCUUACAGAGAAGCGAGCAGAAGGGAUGAUAAUGCACUCCCUCUUUAUUCGUGAAAGGGAAAAAUGCGUUGCUUCCUACCUUUUCUUAAAUCUGAAUAAACUGAUUACUGCCAGUGGCUACAUUCCAGGUUAUUUCUGUGAUUGAUCCACAUCCUCCAGUAAUGAUAACUUCCGUCUUUAUAUCUGUAUUUGAUGUUUCUUUCACCAAGUGGUAAAAGCUAAAAUGCGAAACAAUUUUGAAAUAAGGGAUGCAUGAUCAAUUAAGACGGUGAUAUGUUUGGUUCGUAGGCAGACGGCUUUUGGUUUUCUGGUACCACCAGUGUUGUGUACGAAGCCUUUCGUCACCCGUUAGUUUGAACUUUGUCUCGUCUUUUUUGUAUCUGACUUGAGUAAAUACUUCAAGGUAGUUUAUUAGUAACCACCUUUCUCAUGUACCAUCUCAGACUUCAGCAUGCUACCCAGUCAAAGUUACCUGUCCUCUUCUGCUUCUUUUUUGUGGUUUUAAAUAAAUUAGAGAUGAAUCUUACGAUUAAUCCCAUCAUACCGGGUAGGAUGACAGUGAAAUUAAUGUUAAAUGUUUAUUUCUUGUAACAUAUCAGAUCAGGGGAGCUGCAGGUGACGCUGCUUGAUUGAAAAACAAAUGUCCCGCCUUACAAUAAUUAACCGUGGAAAAGAAGAGAUUAACUAUUUACAUACCUAUUUUGUAAAUUUGUUCUUCCGCUAAAUAUUUUAUGAUAUUGUAACAAGUUCUUUUAAAACUGUGUAUUGCUAUUGUAACAUAAAAUACGAUGUUUUGGCAUCUUUCCAUUUAGUAUUUAUUAUUAUUGAGGUUACCUUUUACUGUGAAUGGGUUCUCACCUUCUGGACUAAGCUACAAAGCCAAAAAUGACUACUGUUGAAAAUUUUUGUUGACCACCUCAUGAUAAAGGAUUCGUGUGACAUUUUGGGAAAUAUGCGUUCUAGCAGAGAAGAUUGAUCAUUCUUUUACACGUGUGAUGGACCUAUGUUAGCACCAAUACAAAACAGAAAUAUAAAAGACUGAAUUUAAAAGUUUUAGCUGCAAAAUGUACCAAAAGUAACAGUCGUCAUUGUGCACAGUGGCUCAUUUUACAGUAAUAUAUAUAUAUAUAUUAUUCUACUAAAUUGUAAUUAUUGAUGCGCAAAUGUUCCAGCUGAUAAAAAUAAGCAUAAAUUAGAAUUCAUAUGGUGAUUAUUUUAUAUCAGUAAUGAAAAACUGCAACUUAACUAAUAACCUGUUAAUGUAAUGAAGCAAAAAGUAUGAUUUCCCCCUCACAUAAUGGCCCAGAAGUGCUAAGUAGCAAAAAAUGAAAUUAGUAAAGUAGUCACAAUUGCAUUUGCACCCAUUGGUCCACAGUUUUCUAACACUGUAAUUAUAAAUAUAUAGGUGCAACCAGGAGCCUGUUAGCCUUGCUUAGCAUUAAGAGCAGAAAGAGGAGAAAUGGCUCGUCUGGCACUCAUUAAAUGCAAACAUCCUACUAGAGCCGAGAAUUUGUUUUAAAAUGUGGAAGAGAAUGUUGUGCAGCUGCUUUAUCAAAAUACUGAGCUGGAGAGGAAACUUUGGUUGGGUUUAAGGAAGAGCCAGAUACUGUUAUCAUUGUUUAUGCUAAGCUAAGCUAAUGGCUCGAGUUUGAGUCCAAGGUUUGGGGUAGAUGCUUCUUCUGACCAUAACCUCAGUAGCAGAAAGCCGAUGGGUGGAUUUCCCAAAAUGUCAAACCAUUCUUUGAGAUGUUCCCUUACAGUUUGGGCUCUGGUGAGGUCAGAGCUGUGAGCUGUAAUGGUGGGUGUAGUUUAGCUUCCUGGACAGACAACAGCAGCCCUGAGCCCUUUGUAAGAGGUUUAUACUGUACGACAUGAUGUUGUGUUGUCUGUCUCCUAAGAGGUGAUUCCUGGGUGAUUCAGGUUUGGUGUAUUGAACAACUUCAAUGUCGAAUGAGGCGCAUAUUUAAAAAAGAAAACAUCUGAUCAGAGAAGCGCGGGCCUGAGACUUACUGCUGUGUCUUGUCUCACUUCUCAACCGUGCAAGAAAUCAGACGAGAACUAUAACCGCUACUCUACAGCGUAAAUGAUUCACUCCGACGGCGGCGUCCACAUGUACAGAUUUGCUGAGCCUUUGUAAAGCACAAGGAGAGCGCUGGGAUUUUCUUUGUACACAUGUAGUUUGACAUAACAUUUGCUUAAUGAUGUUUCUGUUCAUUUGUGCUUCUAAACCAACUCCAUGAGUGUGUUUUAAUGAAACUGACAUCAGGUGGCAAAAAUAAUGUGUCUAGAUAUGGCUUUUUGUCCGUUGUCAUAUGGAUCGUAUGACAUUGUAAUAUAAAGUGAGUGAAAAAAUUUUAUUUCUAUUAACAUAAAAUUUAACUUUGGAAUGUAAAACACAA